GCGCGCUACCGAUGGAUGCCGUGGUGGAUGGCGUGAGUCUAGAGCGCGCGCUGUCAGCACCUCAGCCGUCAGUUCACCUUUUGCCUUGCGCCAUCAAUACUGACGGCCCGUGCAAAGUGGAUCAGUACUUUAACACGACUUUUCAAGCAAAUGCAGACAGCGACAAGCUCACAGACUUUACUGCCUCGUUUCGCGGCCGACCACUUCGAGGCGAAGACAUCACGUUGCCACACGGUUUCACAGCAAUCAUACUUAGAGAAGACAAGAAGCCACUAACAGACAAACAAAGCCGACACUUCAAUGUUCAACACUCAUUUAAGACAUUUCGUUAUUGGAAUUUAGACAAGCCAACGAGUGGUGAUGAUACGAUCCGAAAGGCACUCGACUGGCUGACUCUAUCUGUUGCAGUUCAUUCUCCUGUCAACAGCGAGGACACUGACAGUUGAACUACUUCCGUUCAUAGCAACACGUUUUGUUAGCCAAUGUGGUUAGACGAUUUUUCAAAUAGACAAGAAGCUGGUUCAUUAGAUCUCUCUUGUCUUCGUCUGUUGAUUCGAUUUCAACAGAGAUACGUGUACUUGUAUCGUUGGUGUGGCGUUUUGUGGUCGGACUGUCGGCCAAUUUUAUGGUCACGUGACACUGUAA